CAACAGCAGCAGCAUAACCAGCAUCGAAAACAACAACAACAAUCACAAAAUGAAGAGCCAUUUAGGGCCGCUCUUUGUCAUUUUGAUAAUAGUCGCCAAAUGCGCCAAUGGCAAUCCACAGAAUCAGCAUCAUGAGUCAAACUCGCAGCUGGAUCCCGAUCCGGAGUUUAUUGGCUUCAUCAACAAUGUCACGUAUCCGGCUGGUCGUGAGGCCGUUUUGGCCUGCUCCGUGCGCAAUCUGGGCAAGAACAAAGUCGGUUGGCUGCGGGCAUCCGAUCAAACGGUACUCGCUCUACAAGGACGCGUCGUAACGCACAACGCCAGGAUCAGUGUUAUGCACCAGGACGUGCACACCUGGAAACUGAAGAUCAGCAAGCUGCGUGAAAGCGAUCGGGGCUGCUACAUGUGCCAGAUAAACACGAGCCCGAUGAAGAAGCAAGUGGGCUGCAUCGAUGUGCAAGUGCCGCCGGACAUCAUCAACGAGGACUCGUCCGCAGAUCUGGCCGUGCAGGAGGGCGAGGAUGCGACGCUGACGUGCAAGGCAACCGGCAACCCCCAGCCACGUGUCAUCUGGCGACGCGAGGAUGGCGAAAUGAUUCUCAUACGCAAACCGGGCAGUCGGGAGCUCAUGAAAGUGGAAACGUAUAAUGGCUCCUCGUUGCGGCUGCUGCGUUUGGAGCGUCGCCAGAUGGGCGCCUAUCUGUGCAUUGCCUCCAAUGAUGUGCCGCCGGCAGUCAGCAAGCGUGUCUCGCUCAGCGUGCAAUUUGCGCCCAUGGUGCGUGCACCCAGCCAGCUGCUUGGCACACCGCUUGGCUCCGAUGUGCAACUGGAAUGCCAGGUGGAGGCAUCACCCUCACCGGUCUCCUACUGGCUGAAGGGAGCGCGCACCUCGAAUGGCUAUUCCACAUCCAGUCUCGACUCGCUCUCGCCUGGACCCGAAAUGCUUCUCGAUGGGCCCAAAUAUGGUAUAACGGAGAAGCGCGAUGGCUAUCGCGGCGUCAUGUUGCUUGUGGUGCGUUCCUUUUCUGCCUCCGAUGUGGGCACCUAUCACUGUGUCAGCACAAACUCGCUGGGGCGUGCCGAGGGCACCUUGCGGCUAUACGAAAUCAAGCUACAUCCAGGCGCCUCGUCCAUAAACGAUGAACAUCUCAAUUUCGUUGGCGGUCUGGAGGAGGCGGCGCGUAAUGUGGCCGCUAGCGGGGCUGUCACGUGGCUGCUGAUGCUGCCACAGCUGAUGAUGCUGCUGCUGCCGCCGCUGCUGCUGCCUCGGCCAUCGAGCGCGUGAUAUCAAAACUGAGCGUGAGCCGGCAAUCAAGUAUUCCUACAGGUGUUACCCAAGCCCUUGAGCCGACCGCAAAUUGUUUCGCUUACGCUCCCGAACCCGCUCCCGCUCAAGCUCAAGCUCAGGCUGUAGCUGAUGCUGAUGCUGAAACGUUCCCUGCCAGCGCAUCUCUUCUAGUUUGAUUAUGUUUACGCUUCUCUUUUUUUUUGUGUUUUUGUUCUCAUCUUUGUUUUCAUAAUGUGGUAUCGGUAAACGCAACAUAUUGCCAAAAGCGCUGUGGGCAUCAUAUCUCUACAUACCCCCCCAGAUAUAUCCCUCUCCCCUCCUACAGAACAUGCCCACCGCGCGCAUAUAUCAUUUACAUACGUAUCAUAUACCCAUACCACCCACAGACACCACAAAAAAAAAGAAGGAGAAAAAUAAAAUAUGGACAAAAAUAUCAAAAUGGAAAAUGGAAAAUAGCGAUAAGAAUGUGGCGCUAAAAUAACCAACACAAAAACGAUCCCAAAUUCCCCUAAAAAUAUGUCACAUAAUGUUACAUUGCGUAUAAUUAAACACGAAUACUAUAAAAUAGUGCAUAAAUAAAAUU